UUGUCCUAGCCUUUGUGAACUGUAUACGAAUAUUUACUAAGACUUUUAAUUUUAUACCACUUUUGUAAUAUAAAUUUACUUACCAAUUCAUAUUUAAGAAGAAACUAGUAAUGGUGUGGCCAACAGAAAUAGACGUUCGAUUGGGGGAAUAUAAUGCGAUGCCACUUCCUGGACAGCAGCUUCCUGCCGCCAAUGCGUAUUCACCUCUCGAUCAUCUCCUGAAUCUCGAUAUCAAGGCUCCACCGGGGUGCCAGCGUCUGACUGGAAUCAUUGCUGCAAUGGGUAAGUCUACGUAUGAUAUAGAUACGAUGGAGAAGCUGAUAUCAGUUGGGAUGAAUGUAGCUUUACUAAAUUUAGCAUUUGGUACAAAAGAAGAGCACAUAGAAACUAUAAAAAUGUUACGUCAAGCGGCCAAGAAAUACAGUAUUGUCAUGGGCAGGAAUUAUCCUCUAGCAAUAGCUGCUAAAUUGCCAGGAAGAAAAAUUAGGACUGGAUUCAUAGCUGAUACUUACGGCGAAACUGUGGAAAUAAAAACUGGGGAAACUGUGAGACUUACAACGGACGAAACCUAUAGAGAAAGAUGCUCAAUGACUAACAUUUAUAUCGAUUUCAUGUAUUUUGCUGACCAAAUGCACAAGGGUGACUAUGUUCUGUUGGACAAUGAGGCAAUUAUGCUAAAGGUUGAAGUUAUAUCGGCAACAACAUUGACUUGUAAAGUUGAGAGGGGUGGGCUUUUGGGAUCCUGUAAGGACGUAUUUGUUCCCAAUGUUGUAUUCGAUAUGCCGAAUUAUUCGCAGAGGGAUAAGGAAUUUAUCGAUAUGGCUAUACAUCACCAGUUGGACUUUCUUAUCGCGCCUUUCGUAAACUCGACUAAUGCGAUUACGGAACUCAGGCAUUUAAUGGGAGAGAAGGGAAAGAAAAUAGCUAUUGUCGCCAACAUCCAAACUAUUGAAGGCUUCCGGAACUUCGACGACAUUCUAGCGUCUUGUCAUGGCAUUAUGAUAACGAGACAAGAACUUGGAUCCGACAUAACUCCGAAGAAGAUAGUUAUUGCGCAAAAAAACAUGAUAGCAAGAGCAAAUAAGGCCAAUAUCCCUGUGUGGAUAAGUGCGCACAUUCUAAGCAGUAUGAGAUAUAAUGAGGUCCCACUCAGAGCUGAACUGUUAGAUAUUGCUAACUGUAUCCUCGACGGCGCUGAUGCUCUGGUACUCUCCGCUGAAACGGCAGUGGGUCACCACCCCAUACAAACCGUUUCAACGUUGGCAAGUGCCUGCAAGGAAGCAGAGGCUUGUGUAUGGACGAAGCAAAUAUUCCACGAUCUUGUUGAUAAGACACCUUUGCCGUGUGAUCAAGCUACCGGCUCUGCAUUAGCUGCUGUGCUAGCGGCCCAGAGGACUAUUGCAGCUGCGAUCAUAGUGGUGACCACCUCGGGUAAGACUGCCCACGUGGUGUCGAAAUACAAGCCCAGGUGCCCAAUAGUCGCGGUAACCAGAUACGCUCCGAUCGCUCGCCAGAUGCAUAUGUACAGGGGAAUUAUACCCUUGAUCUAUGAAGCACCGCCCGAUGUGGACUGGCAAACAGAUCUCGAUAAGCGCGUGCGCUUUUGCACUAAAUGGACCAUGGAGCGUGCCUUCGUGCGAGUAGGUGAUACCCUUGUUGUUGUGUCUGGCUGGAGACAGGGUUCAGGGUUCACUAACACGAUGAGGUUAAUAUACGCGGAAGCUGAUUUUGAUGCUUGAAGAUCGUUGAUGUGAAGAGGGAGAACCAUUUUAGAUAAAUUUUAAUUUUAAUAUAGCAGUACUUCCAUAA